AUGACCUCUUACAUCAAAAUGGCUGUUUUGCCAGACGUUAGAGGAUACCUGAUUGUGAACUCAAUAGUAGUAAGCUUGACGGUUGUGGUCGUUGCGCUGAGAGUUGCAUCUCGGAUACUGGCCGGAGCAAAACUAGGCUGGGAUGAUUAUUUUACUAUACUGGCCGUACCCCAAGGUAUUGCCAUGUUAGUUUUACAGGGACUAUGGACCUCCGCCGGUCUUGGAUACGAGUUUACAGAAAUUGGUGACAACUGGGCUUUUGUGGACUCGCUUUUCCUUCCUUUCGAAACCAUUUUCGGAGUUGUAAGCUUGACAACCAAACUCGGCGUAUUAUUUUUCUACUUUCGAGUUUUCACCAGCCGCCCCAUGCAGCAUGCGACUAGAUUGACCUUUGCAAUUGUCAUCAUAUGGGGUAUUGGGAACAUCCUUCAAACCAUACUUGUCUGUCAUAUCACAGAUGGGAAGUGGCAUGCUACAAAUCCUGACAUCUGUCGGGAGCACGAAGCCAGCAUCCUUUCCACCGGCUUGUUUAACUGCAUUGCCAACACAUUGAUUAUGCUUGUGCCACUAUACACGAUCUGGACACUGAAAAAAGUCGGCAUCUCAACCCGAUGGGGUCUCAGCGCAGUCUUUUUGUUGAAUCUCAUCGCUAUUAUUGCUUCUGUUGUAAGGAUUGCCAUGAUGAUGGACGUCCAUAGUCUAUCACAGGUUAUGAAGAAUUUGGCAAUAACGACUUUUCUUACGGUUUUGGAGACACAUUUGACUAUUUUGUGCAACAGUCUUCCAAUGCUUUUGCCAUUAUGGGCCUUCUGGAGACAUCGACGAUUUGAUACUGACGAAUAUGUAUCAAGACUCGGUGGCAACAGCCAAUCGUGCAAGCAUGAGCAUCUGGUAGAAGACCUCACUAAUGGCAUACCGCUUGAAACUAUGUAUGGAAAAAGUGUCUCACAUUUCACCACAACAGUGGGGCGGGGUACUUCAAGAAGGAAUUCGGAUAAUGACCAGGACUCUGACAGUUUAUCGCAAACGGAGUCUACCAGGAGGCUUCCCAGUAAUGCACAAGCUAUUACAGUAGAAACAAAAUGGUCAAUAAAGGAGGAAACAACCAAAUAG